CAAUUUCCCAACUCAUCCCUGUACAGAAUCCAAAAUACUGAAGAAUCAUCGAACUUAAUUGUUAUUUAAAAGAUCGGCAACUUUCACGAUGGAGAUGUUAAAUUCAUCGAGCAAAGAUGCGGAUCAAUUAUGCCAAAUAUGUCUGACUAAACCUCGUAAGUACACUUGUCCACGAUGCGACAUAGGAUAUUGUACAGUGGACUGUUACAAGUCGAUGGCACACUCAGAGUGCUCGGAAAGUUUCUACAAAGACUGCGUUGAGGAAGAAUUGAAAGUUAGAAGGACGGAUACAGAGUCCAGAAAUAAGAUGCUUGAUAUUUUGAAAAGAAUGAAAGAGGAACAAUUGGAGAAUGAGGAUCUUCAGGAUAUGUUUACAAAAAGCGAUGAUGAUUCAGAGCAGUUAGAUUCGGAUGAUGAAGAAGAUGCAGGAAGUUUAAGGGAUCGUUUGGAGAACAUAAACCUUGAUAAUGCCGAUGAAGUUUGGUCUGCACUAACUGAUGCUGAAAGGCAAGAAUUUAAAGCUAUGGUGCUCAAUGGAGAAGCAGACAAAUUAUUGCCUGAUUGGAAACCAUGGUGGUCAAGAGAAAAGAUAUUAAUACAGGAAGUUAUUGAUGAAUUACAAGAUUCUGAUCCUAAGAAGGACUGUCCAGAAUUGUUGAAUAUCUCUGGAGUUGAUGCAGUAUCGAAAGCUUCACCUUGCGUGAAGUUCAAUAUAGAAAAUGUAAUAUAUGCUUACGCAUAUAUGGCAAUGUAUUACAACGGUGAUCAUCAUGAUUUUGCUAAAGAAGCUACCAACGUUUUCCUUCAGUUAUGUGAUAACGUACGAGAAAAUAGGAUUUUUGACAGUUCUCCAGCAGCUGCGGAGGCAGUUAUGGAGCGAAUUGGACAUUGUCAGUGGUUACCAGGCGAUGCAGAGGUGUUAUCUGCAACACGGACCUCAGGGAACUUAAUAAUCUCCGGUCCACAAGGAGCCGAGCCCUGGUUAUACACAGCUGCUGCUCUAUCCGAUCUUCAUAGGUUAUUUUCUUCAGCGAAAGACAUUUCUACUAAGCAGGGAAAGAAAGACGGAAACCAGGAAUUUUCUAAACGCUUUUGCAAUGCAACCAGCAUUCCACACGAAGAUGUACCUAAGAAAACACUUCAACUGUGCAUAAAGAAAUUAGAAUAUUAUUUUCUAUGGAUAAAGAGAUGUCAGAUGAAUUUGUGAGAGCAAUGAAAUUGCAGAUGCGUUCAUUACGUAUCACCUUUUUUACAAAUAAUUAGCAUGUGCUCAUGUGCAUAAUCACACUUUCACUAGAGUUUAUUUAUAUCAUAUUAUCUGAGUUGGACUUUAUAAACGGUCAUGCAAAUAUAUUAUAUUAUUAUUUUUCUAGCAAAAUUUA